GUUCGAGCAUGUUUUUUUCUGUUAAAAUUAAUUUUUUAUGCAUUUGUACUUUGUAAUAGGUAACUUCAUAGUUUAUAUCAAUCAUAUCACAAUUAAAAAUAAAAGAAUAUAAGAUCUCUGAUUGUUUCUUCGUGUUUUAUAUUGAGUUUGAGCCAAGUUUUUAACUAUAAUCGCUGACCAUAGCCAUGAGUUUAGUUGGAGCUGCUAAAUCUUUACUGCUUUUGGGCCGGUGUGCUCCAUCUGUCAAACAAAAUGCAUCAAAAAUUAUUGUUAAGAAAUUAGAAUUAGACCAAAACCUUUUAAUGUAUUUUAAUAAAGAUGAAGUGUACUAUGCUCAUGAUCCAGAAAAACAAUGCAAGACUGGUGAUGUUGUGCUUAUUCAGGAAUUACCAGAAAAACUAACAACACAUAUUACUCAUCAAGUUCUCAAAGUGGUGUAUCCCUUAGGUGAUGUUACAGACCCCAUAACUAAUAAAAAAGUAGCAGCACUACGAUGUGGAACAGUUUGUUAUAGAGAUGAUUUAGAAGAAAUUGAUAAUCUUUAUGGCUUGACCGAAAAACGGUUCAAUUAUAAUAAUGCACCUAAAAGAGGUUGGCAAGAGGACAAAAAAGAUUUUAGUCACAAAAAAAGCUACAUCAAAUACCAUGAAUCUGGAGAAGAACAGCCAUAUUCAGUUCCAAGAUAAAUCUUUAUUUAAUAUGUAUAAGAAUGUUGUUUGUACGUAGAAACAUAGUUUAUUGAAAAUAAUAAGUAAUGGAUAAAUUGUUCAACAUUUGAUGUUGAUGUUUAUUCUGUAAAUAUGAAUUUCAUUUGACUUUAUAAAAGGAUGAAAAAAAACA